AUGUCAAGUGUAAAUAAUGAUAAGGACCACGAUUUAUAUGAAUCAGCUUUAGAAUUUUUAAGAGAAGAAAAUAUUAAGAAUGCCCCUGAUCUUGAGAAAAUCAAAUUUUUAAAAAGUAAAAAUUUGACUGAUCAACAAAUUACAAAGGCUUUAAAUCAAGUCAAAUCAGAACAGAGACAAGAUAAUAGUAAUAAUAAUAAUAAUAAUAAUAAUAAUAAUAAUAAUAAUAAAAGUAGCAACAGCUACAAUGAUAAUAUUCCCCAACGUAUACCUCUAGAAUACUACGCUGUACCACCACCAUUACCACGUAGGGACUGGAAAGAUUAUUUCGUUAUGGCAACCACUACUGCAGGUAUCGCAUAUGGAGUCUAUUCAAUUACCAAAAAGUAUAUAUUGCCUAGAAUAUUACCCAAAGAGCAAAAUCAGUUGGAUAAGGACAAAACAGAAAUUGAGGAUCAAUUUAGUAGAUUGGAUAAAGUUUUGGAAAAUAUUGAAAAAGAGCAGACAGAUUUAAAAAACCUGGAAAGAGAAAAAUUGGAAAAAUUGGACCAAACCAUAAAGGAAUUAAGUGCUGCCUUGGAGGAUACUGAAACAACUAAGGAAAAACUAGAAAGUGAAUUCAGACUAAUGAAAGCCGAACUAUUAAACCUACAAAAUACUAUCGAUAAAUUUUUCUUGGAAAAUUCUCAUAUUCAUGAUUUGCAACAAGUUAAUCAAGAAUUGACAUCUUUGAAGAAUUUAAUAAACAAAAAUAUAGCUUCUGCGUUACCUGAGAUAAAUGGUAGUGAUAUUGAAGCUUCUCAACAAAAGGAACCCCGAAAAAUUUUGACUCCAAAAGAGAUUCCAUCUGCUUCUGACAUUUUGUCCAAAAUGAAACUGAAACCUAAGUUAAAUAACGGUACGUCUCCAUCACCUGAGCCUGCAUGGAAAGCGGCAUCUUCCAGUGACGGUGUUAAUAGUAAUAAAGAAAGCCAUGUUCCUGAGUGGCAAUUAAAUAUUAUGCGUGAUCCUGAUGAAGAUAUUACUUCUUCCACAUAUGAAAAAGAAGAGGAAAAAAAAGAGGAAAAAAGUGAUGAAAACUCCUCAUGA